CGGAGGCCCAAGUCUUGGUAGCCCAGAAAGUCAACGCCUCUCGUUCUCCGAGCAGGAGCGAGCUGGGGAAUGCUCGGCCCUCUUCCGCUCAGCGAGGGCAAAUCUCUCUCGCCCACCCGCCUCGGCUCCCUCAGACAGUCAGGGCCUCGCACAGCCUCUCCUGGGGAUGCACCUGUGACUCGCGUUGCUCCAAAGACCUGGAAGCCCGGGAAGCAAUCCUGGACCAUGACUCAGCAGCCACUUCGAGGAGUGACCAGUCUGCGUUUCAACCAAGACCAAAGCUGCUUCUGCUGCGCCAUGGAGACUGGUGUGCGCAUCUACAACGUGGAGCCGUUGAUGGAGAAGGGGCAUCUGGACCAUGAGCAGGUGGGCAGCAUGGGCCUGGUGGAAAUGCUGCACCGCUCCAAUCUGCUGGCCCUGGUGGGUGGUGGUAGCAGCCCCAAGUUCUCAGAGAUCUCGGCAGUGCUGAUCUGGGACGAUGCCCGGGAGGGCAAGGACUCCAAGGACAAGCUGGUGCUGGAGUUCACCUUCACCAAGCCAGUGCUGGCUGUGCGCAUGCGCCAUGACAAAAUUGUGAUCGUGCUGAGGAACCGCAUCUACGUGUACUCCUUCCCCGACAAUCCCCGAAAGCUGUUCGAGUUUGACACUCGGGACAACCCCAAGGCACUGUGUCCUCACACCCUAGGGCUUUGUGACCUCUGCCCCAGCCUGGAGAAACAGCUGCUGGUGUUCCCGGGACACAAGUGUGGGAGCCUGCAGCUUGUGGACCUGGCGAGCACCAAGCCUGGCACCUCAUCCGCCCCAUUCACCAUCAACGCCCAUCAGAGCGACGUGGCCUGUGUAUCCCUGAACCAGCCGGGCACGGUGGUGGCCUCCGCCUCCCAGAAAGGCACCCUGAUUCGCCUUUUUGACACACAGUCCAAGGAGAAACUGGUGGAAUUGCGCCGGGGCACUGACCCUGCCACCCUGUACUGCAUCAACUUCAGCCAUGACUCCUCGUUCCUCUGCGCUUCCAGUGAUAAGGGCACGGUCCAUAUCUUCGCUCUAAAGGACACCCGUCUCAACCGCCGCUCCGCGCUGGCUCGCGUGGGCAAGGUGGGGCCUAUGAUUGGGCAGUACGUGGACUCUCAGUGGAGCCUGGCGAGCUUCACCGUGCCUGCCGAGUCAGCCUGCAUCUGCGCCUUCGGUCGCAAUACGUCCAAGAACGUCAACUCCGUCAUUGCCAUCUGUGUAGAUGGGACCUUCCACAAAUACGUCUUCACUCCUGAUGGAAACUGCAACAGAGAGGCUUUCGAUGUGUACCUUGAUAUCUGUGAUGACGAUGACUUUUAAGGACACUGCGGGCUGUGCGAGGGACCUACAGCGGUGGACGGCAAAGCCUUGCGGGGGUCAGGAGUGCGGUGGGAGCUACCAGGCAGCGAGCGUUAAUGGGGCCGGUGCCCACCCGGCCCGCAGCAGCGCAGUGCCGCAGCAGCUCACUUGUCCCUAAACACUUCUUGGUGACUGUGUGCCUGCGGGGCCAGGCCAAGGACCCAGGGAGGGAGGAGACCCCCGGGACUCCCAGCCUGAAGACUGCUAGCGACCUAGAGGGAGUGCCCUAAUUCAGCCUGUGGGGAUUAAAAAACCUUCCCAGAAAGAGACCUCUCUAAUGUGGUGAAUAUGAAUAAAAGGCCCUUGAUAGUG